AUAUAGAUAAAAUUAAAUUUGAUGGGGCAGACUUGCAGUAAUAAACGCUAGGCUAAUAAAAGCCAUUAAACUCAAUCAUCAAAAGCUGUUCUUGGUGAUUCUCAUUAAAUAAUACUUACUAAUCCUACCUGUUUUCAACCUCAAAAUGAACUGAAACAAUUCAAAUAGCUAUCCUUACUAUUAUCCUUGGUAGGGAGUUUAGAUCAAUUAUAACAAAUAACAAGAGAUCUAUUGAAAUAACUAUUUGCAUAAAAAAAUAAUUGCCAAAUAAUAAUUUAAAACACCAUAAGGAGAGAAUUAAGAAUAAAAGGAUUAAUCAGACCGCCAUAACAAGAUGAUGAAUCUUUAUUAUUUUAGAACAAAAAGUUCAAUAAGUCACUAAAAACAUAAUUAACAAUUGCGGCUGAAAUCAUUAGAACAUUAUAAUAAGAUGAAGAUUUUUAAGAUAAAUUUCCAACAAUGUGUGUAUCCUUUAUGGAAUUAGCAGAUAGUAUUUAAUCAAUCAGUUUAUGA